AUGUGCGCGACUCGUUGUUUUUUGUUUCUCCUUACGCACGGCGCUCGGCUGGAUGCUGCUGACAAGUCAUGGCAUCUCACCUCGCCUGCACCCUACGACCCCCCACUUACAUACGGCGGCUGGUCGCAGGCAAAGGCACUUGGCCAGCGCAUAGCUGCAUUGCUUAUUGAAAGAGACAGCCAGCAGGCAGAAGCAGCGAAGACUUUUGCUAACCACGAUUCCGCGCAGCCCGACUUGGGCAAGCUGACCAUCUCGCAAGAUGGGCAGGCACAGGGAAGCGGUGCCCAACGACCGAAGAAGAAGAAGAAGCGAAAGAUUAUCAUCCAUUCGAGCCCGUUUCUAAGAUGCGUCCAAACAAGUACUGCAGUGGCAGCGGGAAUCUCGCAGGUUCAGGCAUCGACCAUACCAGAAAUCAGCAUACCAACGCUGCCCAAGGAAAAGAAUAGCACAUUGGGGAGCUCCUCGUCGAAAGCACCACGGACCAAACCGACAUCAUCGCAACCUCGAACCUUUGAACCGCUCGCCGACCCCAACCUCGAGAUCCUACCCAAACCUCAUACCGGGCCUGAGAGGAUUCUGCUACGUAUCGAUGCCUUCUUGGGCGAGUGGCUGUCUCCUGAGUAUUACGCAGACAUCACGGCGCCUCCCAACUCGACCAUGAUGGUAGCUGGUGCAAAGGCGGACCUGCUGCGGCGAGGCGAUUACAUUCAAGAACAGCCCAAUCCAAACAGCAGCAGGGGUCAUUUUCCAGGCGGCUGGGCUGGAAACAAGGCUGCGGCCAAUACCACACAGGGUGCAAGAAUGGGCAGCUUGGCACAGGCUCUGCCCUUACGCGAACGUUCGAGCAGCUACACUGGUCCGUUGGCUGUGCCAGGCACCGUUCCAAGAGAAGCCAUCUCACCACUCAUGGCACCUACACCUACACCUACACCUACGCCAGGUCCUGCUAGUACAUCAAGUCGUAUCUACCAGCCCCCGCACCCGUCUUACUCGGUCUCCCCAGCUGAUCCCAUACCGCGCGGAUACGUUGCCCACGCACAGGAAGCUUGUGUGCAAGUCGACUUCCAAUGGGACAGUAUGCGCGAACCUCAGAACUGGGGCGAUGGCGGUCAGUUUGGCGACGAAUGGAGCACAAUGCACAAGCGCUUCAGAAGAGGUCUUGCGGGUAUGUUGCAAUGGUAUAGGACACACGGCACUGCACCUCCCAAGAACCAGUUCCCAGGUUUCAUGUUCCGAGAGCCGCUUCGUCUGACGCCGCCACGCAUGUCGCAAACCAAGUCAGAUCCCUUUCCGAAUUUUAGCGAUGGCUCAGCCGGGCCGGAUGAGGAAGAGGAAGAGGUUGUGCUGAUUCUAGUAACUCAUGGAGCUGGUUGCAAUGCUCUCCUGGGAGCCAUGACUAACCAGCCUGUGCUCAUGGACAUUGGCCUCGCUUCUCUCUCAAUGGCGGUCCAGAGGGAUAAGCCUAGAGAAACACCAGCACCAUCGACUUUGCACGAGCGGCGACUCUCAGUCGCGGAUCCUGGUAUGCCGGAUACCUACGAGGUGAAGCUCUCAGCUUCAAUCGACCAUCUGCGGCCUGGCGUUGAUCCUUCCAAACCACCUUCGGCACAGGCGCAAGUACAAGCACAGUCACCAGUUGUGUUGCCGAGUCCAUUGCUAGACCAUCGUCGACGAUUUACGGGAUCUUCGACUGCCAGUACUCCUUCCGAGACACCGUUUUCCAUUGGAGGCCUGUGGUCAGGAGCAAGCACGCCUGCUGUAGAGGAAGAAACGGGUCUCCAUUCUGCACAUCAGCAAGUUCGGUCGAAGGCCACUGGUGCUACAAGUGCCGGGGUGUCUUAUAGUGAACAGGACGUGAAGCCCAUGCCGCAAGCAGACGGCGCGUCUGAUUCAACCAACCAUCUUACCAAGCUGGACUCAAAGGAAGAAAGGGAGGUGGGCGACAAAUCGACUCCGCUGGUCAGCGCCGCCACUCGGAAACAGAGUGCGGUGAGUGCAACAGGUCUUUGGGGCGCAAAGGCGGCACCUAAGCCCAGCCAUGGGCUCUGGGGUCCACCGAAACUUGACGACGUGUAUGAGCAUAGGCAGGGACCCAAGAGGAGGUGGACAAUGACGGAGAGGGAGGAUGAUGGAUAGAGAUAGGGUUUUGUAAUUGCUGCUUUGGACAGGGGUGAGAGGGCAUCAUGUUCCUUAGAAGCUUAGAUAGCAAGGGCAGAGGCUGGGGUUGGGCGUCUGGGUAUACAUGGAUACAUGAACAUAUACACCUGUAGUACAUGUAUAUAUGUCCGACUACGUGGGCAUGUUGAUGAGACAAGUAGUGUGCAUUAAUGCUAAUCUUGGCCACCCGAUGGGUGUGUGGUCUU